CACAUAAAAACACACAUAUUACACACACACGUACACAAGACAAAUAUUUUAUAAGUCCAUGGUCAAAAUGGCUUUUUCGUUGACAAAAUUUUCUAAUAAAGUUGUAAUCUUUGUUUUUCUAAUCGUGUUCUUGACACCAUCUGCGGUGGUCGAUGCUAAACCGGCUACGUUCCUCCAAGAUUUCCGUAUCACAUGGUCCGAUUCACACAUCAGGCAACUCGAUGGCGGCAGGGCCAUUCAGCUUAUUCUCGACCAAAAUUCAGGAUGUGGGUUCGCUUCGAAAAGCCAAUACUUAUUCGGACGUGUGAGCAUGAAGAUCAAGCUCAUUCCUGGAGACUCCGCUGGCACUGUUGCUGCUUUUUAUAUGAAUUCAGACACCGAUCAAGUGCGUGAUGAAUUAGAUUUUGAGUUUUUGGGGAACCGAACCGGGCAGCCGUACUCGGUCCAAACCAACGUGUAUGCUCACGGGAAGGGUGAUCGAGAACAAAGGAUUAACCUUUGGUUCGACCCGGCUGCCGACUUCCACACCUACUCCAUCUUAUGGAACCAUCAUCAUGUUGUGUUUUCUGUGGACGAAGUGCCCAUAAGGGUAUACAAGAACAAUGAAGGUAGAGGGGUCCCAUUCCCUAAAUUUCAGCCAAUGGGAGUCUACUCUACAUUAUGGGAAGCAGAUGACUGGGCAACAAGGGGUGGGCUGGAAAAAAUUGAUUGGAAGAAAGCACCUUUUUAUGCAUAUUAUAAGGAUUUUGACAUUGAAGGGUGUGCCGUCCCGGGUCCGAGCAGCUGUGCCUCGAACCCUUCCAACUGGUGGGAGGGUUCGAGCUACCAACAACUUGACCCGAUGGCGGCUCGUCGUUACCGAUGGGUACGCUUGAACCAUUUGGUCUAUGAUUAUUGCACUGAUAAACAUCGCUACCCCGUCACACCACCAGAAUGUGUUGCUGGAAUUUAAAUUGAUUUCGUCUUCACCAUACUGGAUGCAUAACUGGAGAUAAAAUUAAUUCCAUGUGCACGAUAUGUAUGUAUGUACGUAUAUAUAUGUCGAUCGACCAUUUCAGUCAGUUGGCAGGUGGGACCGAGAAGUUUAUUUAUAUUUGUGUGAUAAAAUAAAGCCAUUGGAUAUUGUAUAUGUAUAUGGGGGCUGAAUUUGUAAUUGUACCGUACACAAUGUCCUUGUUAGUGUGGAUUUGUUACGUAUGUAUUGACAAUAUUUUGAAUUAUUGAAAUAAUGUUUGUGCAUGUCUUUU